AUGGAGCUACUACUAAAGCUAGUGGCGCUAGUGAUGCGCCUGGUGAACCUGGUGCUCGGUGUAUUCCUGGCGUGGAUCGGAGGUCCGCCCCGGUCAGAACCGUUCCCGGUGAUCCGGGACGAGGUGCUGCGCAUUCCGGCCACCGAUCUGGCCGAGCAGAUUCGGAAACGCCAGCUGCGCUCGGUCAACGUGGUCCGGGCGUAUGUACUGCGCAUCCGCGAGGUGAACCCCCUGAUCAAUGCGGUGGUCGAGGAGCGGUUCGAGGCCGCCCUGGCCGAGGCGGCGGCUGCCGACGAACGGAUUGCAGCCUGCGGUGACGAUUCCGGGGCGCUUGAAGAGCUUGCCAAACGCCAACCGCUGCUCGGAGUGCCUAUGACGGUGAAGGAAAGCUGCUCGGUCCAGGGACUGUCGCUGGCCGGGGGCGUGGUGCGCCGGCAGAACAUAACGGCGACCGACGACGGCGAGGCCGUCCAUCUGCUGCGCGAAGCCGGUGCCAUCCCACUGCUCGUGUCCAACACACCCGAGUACUGUAUGGGCUUCGAGGCGUACAACAAUGUGACCGGCUGGACGCUGAACCCGUACGAUCCGCGGCGCAGUGCGGCCGGUUCGUCCGGCGGCGAGGGGGCCCUCCUCGGGUCCGGCGCCUCCGUUUGCGGUGUCGGAAGCGAUCUGGCCGGCUCGAUCCGUAUCCCGGCCCUGUUUUGCGGCGUUUUCGGUCACAAACCGUCGGCGGGAUUGGUGUCUAUCAAGGGGCAUAUGCCGGUAUGCGGCGACUCUCAUUUCGACCAGUACCUUGUUCUUGGACCAAUGUGCCGCUACGCCAAGGAUCUGCCACUCUUGCUGGAGGUGAUGAGUGGACCGAACGCCAGCAAACUGCGUCUAAGCGAACCGGUCGAUGUAGAGAAGCUGAAAGUAUACUACCCACAAAAGCUAGACCUGAACGUCAAUGCCGUUCCGAUUGCUCCCGAAAUUCGCGAAUCUCUCCGAAGCGCGGUGAAGUACUUCCAGAACAAGGGCAUCUACUCGGAGACGAUUAAUUUUCAGCACUUCUGCGAUAGCAUGCAGCUGGCCUCGACCGAGCUGCAGACGCUGCAGGACAUGCCCAGCGUAUUUUCCAGCGCCAAACCGAACCUGCUGUGGGAGUUGGUGAAGGUUAUGACACGUCAGUCGGAGCACACGUUCGCAGCCAUAUUUAUGUACUGUAUAACGGCUACUAAAGGUGCUGUUAACGAAGCGCAGCGCAAAAAGUACCUCCGUAUGUCUGCCGAGCUGAAGAAGGACAUGACGGAUAAACUAGGCACCGACGGUGUCUUUUUGAUGCCAUCCUUUCCGAGGCCCGCCUUGCGGCAUCACGAAUCAUUUGGCCAUGUCACUGGUUUCAUGUAUACGAUGAUCAUCAAUGCACUAGGACUUCCGGCUACGCAGGUGCCGCUAGGAUUCAACCGCGACGGACUGCCGGUCGGUAUCCAGGUUGUGGCAGGCCCGAACCAGGAUCGUCUCUGCAUGCGUGUGGCACAGGAACUGGAAAAGGCCUUCGGUGGAUGGCAGCCACCGAAGUAGGAGUCACGCAUUCACGUCGUAAAUAGCAUGUUUUUUGAAAACACUAAAGCGUUGAGAGAAGAAUGACAGAAUAGCAACGAAAGCAUUUAUGGACACGGACCGACCGACCGACCGUCAGCGACAUUUGAAAUCAUUUUUAUGCUUCCGACCGGAACACUUGAACUCUCUUAUGAUACAGACUGGGCUACGUCAGACUGGGCUACAGACAUUAUUUGCAUUGCGGACUUCGCCAAGGCAUUACUAUCGAGCUUUCUUGUGAAAUAUCGUCCCAGAUAAAUGACGAAAAUUUGUUUUUGCUAAAAUAUGUAUUUUGUAUAUCAAGUUAUGCGUAAUAAACAAAAGUAAGUA